ACGCCCCCUCGCCCUAGGCCCCCUCCGCGCCUCUUUCCACCGCCUCCUUGCUCUCCGCGGUCAGAGAGGGCCGGAGCGAGAAGAUGGCGAAGACGUACGAUUAUCUGUUCAAACUGCUGCUCAUCGGCGACUCCGGCGUCGGCAAAACCUGCCUCCUGUUCCGCUUCUCUGAGGACGCCUUCAACACCACCUUCAUCUCCACCAUCGGGAUUGAUUUUAAAAUCAGAACGAUAGAACUCGAUGGAAAGAAAAUUAAGCUUCAGAUAUGGGACACAGCGGGCCAGGAAAGAUUCCGAACAAUUACAACAGCAUACUAUAGAGGAGCCAUGGGAAUUAUGCUGGUCUAUGACAUCACCAAUGAAAAAUCCUUUGACAAUAUUAAAAACUGGAUAAGAAACAUUGAAGAGCACGCCUCUUCAGAUGUUGAAAGAAUGAUCCUGGGUAACAAAUGUGAUAUGAAUGACAAAAGACAAGUGUCAAAAGAAAGAGGGGAGAAGUUAGCAAUUGACUACGGGAUUAAAUUUUUGGAGACAAGUGCAAAAUCCAGCACAAAUGUAGAAGAGGCAUUUUUUACACUUGCACGGGAUAUAAUGACAAAACUCAACAGAAAAAUGAAUGACAGCAAUUCAUCAGGAGCAGGCGGGCCAGUGAAAAUAACAGAAAACCGGUCUAAGAAGACAAGUUUCUUCCGUUGUUCAUUGCUUUGAUGAACUCUUCAUUUCUGAGAGACUGCAGUAUACCUAGAGGGCCCUUCCCUGCUUCUCUGAAAGCACAGGUUACCCAGCCUCAGAGUCACCUCGCCCGACUGCUGCGGAGAGCACCAUGGAACUCUAGACCUCUCAACACAGAACACCAAGUGGAUUCCAGCCUCAUGGCCUAGCAAAAGAGCAGGCUCCUUUCUUCAAACAUGGAAGCAAUUACGUGGAGACACUUGCAGGACCUAACUGGUUUUUCCUUGUUUUACUGCCUGUCUGGAAGCUGCCAUCUUUCUUUGCACAUGAGUGUCGGUCUUUCUGUGGUACAGCAUAAUCUUAGACUCCUAACUGAGCACUUUAGUGGCAUGAAGUUCUAGACUUACAUAUUUGGGAAUAUUUAAAGACAGCAGAACAUUAAACAGAGCAACCUCUAAAAUUAAAGGAUGGUUGGUCUGGGUCAUAUGGCCAAAAGUUCUUUUAUUGGUAGCAUUUAUUAAAGGACUUUGAUUUACAGUGUUCUUACAAAUCAUUAAAUUCUGAUUAACUUUUAAAAUUCAUAAAAUACCCAUCUAUUCACAGAGGCCACAUCAUUUUCAUCUUUUCAGGUGGUUAUCAAUUUUGCUCAUUCCGGAGUAGCUGUUCUUUUUAAGUUGGCUGCCACUGGCUCCUCUGAAACAGCAUGUAGAAAGCACUGUAGUCUCACUGUUUCUGAGGGUCGUAUUUGCUGUCCCUUUUCUUGCCUGACGUCUUGUCAUUAUUUACUAAUCUAAAACCAACAAUCUAUGUAAGAACUCUUGUGUCUGUCUGUGAACUUCAUGCAUUGGGAUUUCACAUGGGGAGAGAAAUGGUCAUUAGGGCUUUGUUAUCACACCAGAAUAUGUAAAUAUUCUUUCUUAGUUUUACCCAUUAGCUUGUCUUACCCAUUUUUUAACCAUAGUCCCCGUCUGUGAGAGAGUUAACAAAGGUUAGAUUUAGAUUUCAGUUUGCGUAAAACAUACUUAUAUGGAGAGAAAUUAGACAUGAUGGUGUAAGAUAUAGCUCUUAGUAAUGUUGAAAAUAAUGAUUUUUGGUUCUAUUUGGUGUUUAAAAAAAAUAUAAAAGUAAUUAGACCUAACACAUCCUCCAGAAAUCUUGUCUUUUCAUUAGAGCACAUAUGAUCCAGGUUUCAGCUUUCAAACAGCCAUUGCUGAAUGUAUAGAACCCAGCCCUUUGCAUUUAGGUUUGUAGUUAGAGAUGUGGUGUCGCUAUCUAGGCCAGAGCCAACCGAAAGCUUUGCUGCCUUCUCAUCAAAUGCUGGUUCUGAUGUUUCUUUUGUAGAUAAAACACACUAGAGGGGGCAGGAGGUGUUUAGUGUUAAAUUACGUGCCAAAUACAGAUCAUAAUGUCACUGCUGUUGUUGUAGCCUUCGGUGUCCUAACGCAGAGGGCCUAGAAACAGGUGACAAGGGAAAGGAGCUGGUAGCAGUCACUCCCCCUGCUCUUGUGCCGUCCUUUAAGACCUGGAAGUGGAGAUGGACAUGGAUAUUUGGUUACAUGGGGAAUUCUGCUUCAGUACUUGGGCCAGUCAGGCCUUCCCUUCUGUGGGAAUACUCAAAAGCAUUCCAGUGGCUGCAAGCAUACCAGAGUUAUUUUUGGUGGAUACACUGACUUUACUGUGGACAAACUUUAGCCUUUUCUUCUUUUUCCCUAGUUACCUAUCAGCUUAAAGUCACACAUUACUGUCCAGAUGUAAGUAGUUCUCUCAGUGAGAAUUGAUUGUAAGUCUAACAUCUUCAAAUUAAAUAUAUUCAAAUUAAAGAUGAUAUUUUUUUUUUAGAAAUGUCUUAUCACUACUUUUCUGGGGAAAAAAGUUCAAGCAGUUACAAUGAUAGCAAAGUACUUUGCAAACAGCAGGAGCUGUGACACCAUAUACGAAUGUAAUUCUCUUAGUAUUUACCUCUGACUGUUUGGUGUCUUAACACUUUGGUUUCUAUCUCAGGGGUUGUCUGCAAACCAAAACUGACAUGUUCUUUGGUCAGCUUUUUUUUUUUUAAACAAACAAACCAGAAUGCUUUGCUUUUGAAUCUUCACUCUUGUUGUGUCUUUGUGGGUUAAUAACUAGUCUCCAUGAACUCUUCUCUUUGAAUGAGCCUGUAAAUGUUAGGUGAGUCUAAAAGUGCUCUUUGAAGUAGCAGCAAACUGGGAGUAUAUUCUCUGUUAUAUAGAAAUAAAUUGUCCUUGCUAUUUUCUUACAUUUAGCUCUGCUAAAUUGUAUAUAAUUUGAACUCAGACCAUAGGAAAUUCACUUUCUGCAUGGUAAAAACAACCCAACAACUUUGCUUACUGAUGUACAUAUGGUGCAUUAUUUUUUCUAUUUGUAGAUGAAUUUAGUGACAGAUAAUUGUCUGUUCCCUGCUGAAACUCAAGAAAUCUAGGUUUCUCUUUUGUGUGUGUGCACGCGCGUGUGUACACAUUGUUGUGAUCUUACAGAUAGGGUACAUAGAGAUUUUGCAGCAGUAUUAGUGGGUCAGUGGCUGCACUUUAUUAAUAUUAUGCUAAUUUUUUGACAAUAGUUGGACUCAGAAGUUUCAAAAAGAGUCUGAGGGUACCAGUCAGUGAAGAGUGCUGUAACUAAGUAGCAUGUAAAUCAGUUGGUUGCACAAUGUUUCACUGGGAACCUAUUCUAGCCUCUUUCUUCAGAUGAUGCUGAAUUGUUCUCCCUGCAUACUGGUCAGGGAAACUGCAGGGCUUCUUACUGCACGUGGACAUUUUAUGCAGUUUUUGUUAUAAUUUCCUGAAGACUCUUUACUUUGAAGGACUUUUUUUUAUUAUACCUCAUUUAGCUAACUAAUAUUCUAAUACCUGGAAGAAAAACAGUGAGCCAGCCUCUAAGCAUUCAACAAAAUUUAGACAGCAUGUUUUAUCUUGUUUUGAACUGAAGACAUCCUUGGAAAAGAGAAAUUGACACCUUAGUUUCAAAGAAAGCAUGCAUGUCAAUAUCCAGUAGCAUACAAAAAAUGUUACUGCCCUGUCCGUCAGUGAAUUUAGUUGUGCAAUAUACAAUGGAUUAUUCCAAGUUAGAAAUGAUCACUGCAAUUUAAAGGCUCCAAAUUCUGAGAAUCUUUGUUAGGGCUUAGGAAGUAUCGUCCUCUGAGCAGUACAACAACAAAUUAGCAGACUUUCUCUUCAAGCUUAUGACUUAGAUGCUUUUAAAAAUAUAUCUUAAUCUUUAAAGAUGAGAUUCUAAGCCUAGAACUUUAAAACCGCAUUUCAUUAUGUUGGUUUACUGAUCUCAAAAUUUCUUCAAUUCAGUUUUUUAGACUUCAAAAAACAUAAACAAAACAAAGAACCUUCAUUUAUGUUUCUCAUUACACCCAGUGGCAGAGAAGACUGUCUGAAAAUGAAAUCCCUUGAUUCAGAAGGACAUAGCAGGUCAGGAGAUACUAAUAAAAUUUAUGAGUGCCAUGUUCAUUAGAAAGAAACUAAAUGACUGAGUAUAGAAAAGAAAAUCAGCAAGCAUUUGUUUUAAGGAUUUCCAUAUUUUAACUUUGUGUCUUGAGAUGUGUGCCAUAUGCCAGGAACUAACAGAACUUUAUAUUUCAUCUUUGUACCUUUUUAAAAAGUGAACUUCUGAUUGUUCAUUCCAAUGGCCUUACAGAUGGGUUUGUCUUGACUGUCUGCAGCUGAUGCUACCGUUCCCUUAAUGCAAAACGCUGGGAACUGUCUGAUGAAAAUCAUGCCCCCGUGGGAACUAUGGAGGUUUUUCAUAGACUUGUGUGCUUAAACAUAUUUUCCUUUGCUCCAGUGGCUUACUGUGGAAAGCUCCUGUGGAUAAUACAGACCUGCCUUGUGGCUGGUCUGCUGAAGCCAGGUCAUUAACUAUACUGAUACUAAAGCUGUGUUUUUAAAAAAAUGGAUUUUUAUUCCCGGUGGACUUUUUUUUUUUUUACAAUAAUGUUCAUCUAAAAUAAAAACUACAUAAUGAAAAUGUU